AUGGCUGUCAGACUCAACCUGCCUCUGCCCAUUAUUCGUUCCCUGCGGUUCAGCCUCCGACCAGCAGAUGUCGAACUUGUAAUUUCAGCUUGCUGGAGAGUGAGGUCUCUCUUCUUUGGAUUUUUGGCGGUGUCGUCAUUGGCGACGGAGGCCGGACGCACCGAGCUGUCUUUGUGUGCCCGGCCGGAGCGGCACUGUGGAGAUUCCGGUAAGAUAUUUCAACUUCCCGGCUGGCAGCGGAACCAGCCGUGUAUAUACAUUGUGACAUAUCUCUAUGGUGAUAGAAUGUUGGCUGAAUGCAUCGUUCCAUGGUGAACAACAUUCACACUCAUUAUAUAGGACAUGUUUAUCUGAUCACAAACAGGCUGCUUGUUAAAUAUCAGGUCACCCAGUUGUGCUAUAUUUUUUUCUGUAUUUAUUAAAGAACGCUCUGUCAGUCAAAUAUUCCUUUCUUUUUUUUUUGUUCUAUUAUUGUAACGGCUGAGUGUUUUGUUUUAUUUUUUUUCAAAAUUUUAACUAGAAACAUAUAUGUGAGUUUUUUUUGUUUUUCUCCAGCUUAUAUGUGGGUAUGGUUACAGUUUACACUUUGCUUUUGUGUUUUGGGAUGCUCAUGGAAUCAAGCCCCAAAAAAAAAAAAUAAUAAAACAGGUACACAUUAAAAUGUCGAGUUCAUAUGCUUCAAUUGGGUUUAAUCAUACCUGGGCUAUUAAAGGAACUUGUCAUUAAAAGGGUUAUUGAAACCAAGAAAACACUGGCUUCCAUGGGAGUAACCCUUGCUAGCCUUGUUCUCCCCAUCUCAAUAAAAAUAAAAUAAACCAGUGUUCUAACUCAUUGGAAUUCAGAGCCAAAACCAAGUUCUGCCCUUUGCCCACAAUUCUUCUUGACUGAAAUUACUCAGCUUCUUUUAGAAAGGAGGAGUGAGAGGGGGGGGGCAUGGCAUGCUGACAUUGGCUUUCCGGUGCUUUCUUGCUGUGUGUGUGUGCUGAUGUCUGUCUUCAAUUUUGCACAGGAUUGAUACUAGCCUGCCUGUACUGGCUAAUAACUGCCAUGACUCUGCCGGAGGUGGUUAAUGUCUGUAUGUGUUCUUCUUAGCAAAGUGUUGCACAUACAGACUCCAGGCACCACGACCACUUCAAAUCACUGGAGUAAUUUAAUUUAGAAUGUUUUAAAACAUUAAUUGUCGAGGACAGCAAGAAUUUAUUACAUGUUCUAAAAUACCCAUGAGCUUAUAACAGAUUACUGAGAAACAGCCAGGGUUCCUGAUUGACUCUAAUACUUUAGAUGUAAAUAUUCAGUUCUCAGAUAUACAAACACUACUGAAAUAUACAGGUAUUUCUUCUUUGGACAGAACAACUAUUAAACAUUUGGCCACUAACUGGGGAUUUUAAAAAUACAAAAUUCAGAGGAUUGCAGCGUUAUUUUCUUCUCUGCCAGUUAUUCCUCACAGCAUAAUUGUAAAAUUUAAUAUGCCUGUGUUGUGUAAAGGCAAAUAAGGAUUUUCUUUUUUUGUACAGAGCGCACUUGAAUUCUACAUACUUAUUGGCAGCACUAUGAAACUCUAACAGAAUGCAGAAUCCAUGCAUAACAAAAUAAAGAGCCUAGUUAAUAUCUAUCCAAAAACUUAGAAUUUGUUGUGAAAUAUGUACAUAUACCUUAAAUGGCAAUUCUUCCACUGACUGCGAUAAGUAUAGAUAGUGGUCUGUUGAUUGAGGGAUCAGAUAGCUAAAGUUUAGCUAAAUCUUUAAAACUUCAAAUCCCUUGUGAUGUUAUCCACCCUCCUUUUAAUGCAGUUCAUUACCAGAUAAAAUGUUAUGUGAUAUUUUAGUGUAUAUUGAUAAAUUAUUGAAUUAAAUUUGGAAUGGCUUUUAAAUGUAGUGUAUUCGGUUAUGAUAUUUAAAAAAAAAAAAAAAAAUGUUUGGGGAAAGUAACCAUUAACCACAAAAGUAUUGCUUCCAUUAUGUUUUGUCAGCAUGGGCAUCAUCAAGUUGUAAUUUUACAGCUGGAAGGGUACUUACUUUUUGAGUAACAGUUGUUUAUAUUGAGUGAUCCUUAUCAUAAAGUUUUUCUGCCUUCUUUUUUCCUACUUGAUUCCAUGAAACGUAAAACCAAUUUGUUUAAAGUGAAUUUAACAUCUGAAUCUUGAAUGGUAAAAAUUUCACAGAAUGCUUAAUGGCUAUUUAUUUUAUAUUGAAUAAAUGGGUUAAAACUUAAUUUUCCUGUGUGAUUUGUAAUUACUCUUUAUUUAAAGGGACACUAUAGUCAACAGAACAGCUACAGCUUAUUGUAUUUGUUCUGGUGAGUAUAAUUAUUCCUGAAAAGGCAGUGUUUACAUUACCCACUAGGGACACCUCCAGUGGCCACUCCUGAGAUGGCCACUGGAGGUGCUUCCUGGGGCUACAGCACUGUCGUUCAGCUGGAGACGCUGAAUUGUCCUCAUAGAAAUGCACCGAUUCAAUGCAUCUCUAUGAGGAGAUACUGAUUGGCCAAGCUGGCGUUUGGCCUUGCCAUCGUCGCCCCUUCUCGCCUAUUUCAGCCAAUCCAGUGUGUUCCCUAUGAAAAAGCAUUGGAUUGGCUAAAAAUCAUAAAUUCCCAUGAUUUCAGCAAGGAGACUGAUUGAGGGCGGAGCCAGCACCUGCAGACCCACGCAGCGCUGUAAAUAAGUUUUAUUACCUUUUCAAGGGAUAAGAGUGGACAAGCCACCUAAAUGGUGGUUUUAACACUAUAGGGCCAGGAAUACAUGUUUAUGAUUAUUAUAUUAAAAUAGUUUAACGCCCCCCUAAUUAAUAAGUAGCUUCUAAUAAUUUAUCACUUUUAUAGAUUUGUAAAUGGUCUGCUUUAAGGUUAUUGCAUUAAUCAUAAAAUAUGACUUGAAUUGGAAUGACUUGUCAGCCAACAUAUGUAGCACGAAGGAUCUUUCUAAAUGAACAUAUUAAAGAGUCACGCUAAGAAGCAUAGCAACAAUAGACUAGUGAUUAUUGUGCUUAGACUACCCCUUUAAAUAAUAAAUUAAUCCAGGGCUUGACAAAUUUGUUUGGAAUCUAGGAGCCAGCUAAAAAAAAUUAGGAGCCAGUCAUUUUCAAAAAGAAAAAUGCAAUUCUUAAAGGGACACUAUAGUCACUAGAACCACUACAGCUUGAUGUAGUUGUUCUGGUGUCUAUAAUCCAUCCCUGCAGGCUUUGCAGUGUUUACAUUGCUGCUCAGUAAAGCCUCUUGUGACAGUCACUCAGACGGCCACUAGAGAGUCCUGGGUCACUGCUGCACCACAUGCAGCACCCACGUUCAGUGUCCCCAAGCUCUGCAUGGAGGUAUUGAAUGUUCCUCAUAGAGAUUCCUUAAUUUGAUACAUCUCUAUGAGGAGAUGCGGAUUGGCAAAUUUGCUACGCAUGCACAAAAUCCUCCAAAUGCUUUCCUAAGGCAAAGCAUUGGCUUAGCUGAGAUCAUAAAGAUUGAUCAUCUCAGCCAUGUAGGUGGGACUAGGCACCGUGAAACUGGCAUGGUGUGGGGAAAAAGUGAGUAAAAACAUCUUCCUCAUGAGAUCGGAGGAUGCAGGUACCUAAAUGCGUGCGCACACACAUUGACAGGCUCACACUCUGAUAGGCUCUCUCACUCACACACACACACACACACACUCUCACUCUGACAGGCUCACACACACUCUAAUUUUGUUUUAAAUGAAACCCACUCAGCCUCCCUACAUUUGAGAGAGCUGAGUGGGUCUUUCCCUGGGGUCCAGUGGGGCUGCUCUCUUCCUACGUGUGAGGGAGCAGUACUCUACCUGCAGCUCCUUUCUGCUCCCUCGCGCCUCGUGAUGUCAUAUUCCAGCUCCCAGCAUCAUUACACAGCGCAAGGGAGCAGAGAUGAACCGCAGGAAUAUUAUUGCUCCCUUGCGCGCCGCCUACAAUGCUUAUGCAAGUGGCCGGCUCCAUGCUACCUCAGCCAGACGCCUCCUUCCUCCUUAGGGUCGCCUAAUUGUUCCCCAGACCGGCCGGCUGCCUUUAAAGUUUCCUCGGCCCCAGUAACUGGCAAAUACCAGGCGCCAGUGCAAAAUGUCCAGUCACCAUGGCGACCUGGAAUUUGUUGAGCCCUGAAUUAAUCAAAUGUAUAAUAAUUUUACAUAAGAAAGUAAAGUAAACAAUGUUGGGUACAAAGGCAUUUGCCAUACUUGAUCAUAAUAUUUUAUAUUGUAUAGUGUGUGACAUUUAUAAAAAGUAUUUGGUUCUCCAAUUUUGCCAGGGACAUAUGAUAAAAUAGUUAAUAUGUCUCUGUUAAUGUUAAAAGAAAAAAAACUUAUUCUGUUUUUUACUUUUCUAAGUUCAAUAAAAAAAGUAUUGUUGAGUUGGAUAGAAGCCAUGCAUCAUGCAUUAACUUUUUAAAUUAUUUUAUCUUUAUUUUAGGAUAAAAACCAUGAGUUCAGAUUUCCCUUACGGACUCAGUAUGAUUGUUUACUAUUUAUACUACUUUAAUGCUAAUAGUUAGGUUUUAUUAUAAGUUAUGCUUGCUGGAAGCGCUUUUGUUUUAUGUGCAGAUUAUAUUCAAAUAUUUAGGUGAUCUACCCCACCGCAUAUUGACACUAGUUCAAAUUAAUUUCUGUUGGCUGAUUUCAGAAUAGGGAUAUUGUGUCUACUUACAUUUUUGCCAUUGGAUUUUAUGGUGCUUAGUACCAUAUGUAAUGUUUCUAUAAAGUGUUAUUUAAUCUAGUUAUUCUCUGGUGCACGCUCACUUUUUAUGUGUGUUUAUAUCCAGAUGUUCCCCCUAAAAAGAAAAACCUAGAGUGUUUAACAGUGAUGUCUGUAAAAGGAACAGCCGUGAGUUCAGAAACUUGGUGCUAUGUAACAUGCGGUGUAUUUCUACUGGGUAUAUUCUUUGUAUAGUUUGGAAUAAUCUGUUUGUGAACAUUUAAAUUCACUUCUAUAAUUUUGUCUAAUUUGUACAUAUGUAUUAUUUUAAAAUAUUAUUUAACUUUUAGCAAUCUUUUCUUAGUUCAAGAGUUGGCUGUAUCGUGCUUUUUAGACAAGAAGUGUUAAUGCUCACUUUAUUUUUUUUCUUUCAGGUAUAUCCUCAUCAUUUAUUGGAUGGGGUACAAGAAACUUUUUCACAAGUGGAAGAGUUAACAAUAGUGAGAGGUGAAGAAUUAAAGCAGUGGACCGGGUAUCUUUCACAAGACAAGAAAGUAAAAAUGGGCAUGCGGAUCAAGCUCAACAGUAGUGAUCACCCCAACAAUUUGUUACGGGAGCUUAACAAAUCACGCUUGUCACAGACACUAUGUGAUGUUACCAUUGUAGUAGGAAAUCGCUCUUUUGCAGCUCACAAAGCUGUGUUGGGCUCUGCAGCAGCCUAUUUCCAAAAAUUAUUUUUGAGCACUGAGCUGGACAUAGCACGUACAUAUGUGGUGGACUUUAUCACACCGACAAAUUUUGAGAAAGUGUUGAGCUUUAUUUAUACGUCUGAGCUAUUCACAGACCUUAUUAAUGUUGGUGUUAUUUAUGAAGUGGCUGAGAAGCUUGGCAUGGAUGAUUUAUUGAGGGCUUGUCAUGCAACUUUUCCUGAUCUGGAAAGCUCCUCAGGACAGAAGAACCAGUGCUCUGUUUCCUCUAGUGAAGGUCGCACAAGUACUUUAAGUUCUGCUUCAACAGAGCAAAUCCAAGUAGAUUCAAAAGGCAGUGGGUUGGAUAACCAUCCACAGAAUACAGAUAAGACAUUUGUUGGCCAAACAGAUGGAACUAGUGGCUUUAAAGGAGAGGACGUAGAUGUGAAUUUGAACCAAACCCAGAAUUUCCCACUAACAGCAAAAACCGAAGAGCAAAGCACUUCUGGGACCUAUCAAUCCUCUCAAUGUUCAGUAAAUGCAGGAUUUGGUCCAACAAGUACAAGCCAAUCGUAUAAAGUUCAGCAUAAUGGAGAAUACAACAAAAAUAGUUAUUUCCCUGGGGACAGUUCUGUGAGCGGAAACCCCAAAGAAUCUACUGGAGGGUUUGAUCCAAUGGGAGAUCUGCACUUGGAUGAACUUGAAGAGGAAGAGCUACAGUUUGAUGAUGGUGGAGAAGAGGACUCUGGGCCUUCUGGAGAAAUUAUAGAACUUAGUGAUGGCAGUGAGGAUGAGCUGCUCUUGUUUGGACAGAGUGAUAGCCGUAAUAGUAAAGCUAUGCCUUGUCAAGUGUGCAAAAAAGUACUCGAACCCAACCUGCAACAUAUCCGACAACAUGCACGUGAACAUGUAGACCCCCGUACUGGCUGUUGCAAAGUGUGUCAGGCCCGUUUCCAUGAUCGUGGCGCUAUGAUUACUCAUGUCCUGUCUCAUGUUGGGAUAUUCCUUUUUUCCUGCGAUAUGUGUGAAGACAAGUUUUUCAGCCAGUGGCAACUCACUCUUCACAGAGGACAAGAAGGGGCAUCAUCAGAGCACAAUAUCAUUAUUCACCCAGGUCAACAUCUUCCAGGUGAAGUGAACACUUUUGUAGGGGCACUGGGUAGUGAACUACCUUGUGGAGCCUGUCAUAGGACCAUGCUGCGUGAUUUCCACUCUGUACGAUCUCACGCUUUAGAACAUCUUAACCCCAAAACUUUAUGUUGUGGACUCUGUGAACAACGACAUUUAACACUUUGUGGGUUGAUGUGGCAUACCUUAUCUCACAUGUCUAUAUCUGUUUUUUCCUGCUCACUCUGUGCUAGCAGCUUUCUUGACCGCCACUUGCUUGAAAAACACAUGACAGUCCACCAAAGUUUGGAUGAACCAUUAUUCCGCUGUCACCUUUGCUCCCAGGGAUUUAAGUCCGAAUCAGCCUACCGGCAGCACCUGGCUCAGCACCGCUGUGGCAGUAUCCCAGCAGAACGUCAAGGGUUCUCAGACUAUCCACAAAUGCAUAUGGCAUCUUCAAAGCGAAAGGUACCAGAGGAUUUUUCAGUUGAUGACCUUUCUCUCAGUGGUCAGACAGGUCACAGUAAAUACACAUGCAAAGUUUGCGGUAAAAGUUUCUCUCAUACCAGUGAGUUUAACUACCACCGGCGCAUCCAUACUGGGGAAAAGCCUUACCAGUGCAAAGUGUGCCACAAGUUCUUCCGUGGCCGUUCAACCAUCAAAUGCCACCUGAAGACUCAUGCAGGAGCCCUGAUGUAUAGAUGUACUGUUUGUGGACACUACAGUUCUACCCUGAACCUCAUGGGUGAGCACAUUGCAGUGCACCGGGGUAACCUGCCUACAGACUUUACCAUUGACCAAACAUUCAUGUACACUAUUCACUCCAAAGAUACAGACAAGAGUGCUGACAGCUGA